AUGACUGAAUACAAAUUGGUCGUUGUCGGCGCCGGAGGUGUUGGAAAGAGUGCCUUGACUAUACAGUUAAUUCAAAAUCACUUUGUUGAUGAAUAUGAUCCUACUAUAGAGGACUCAUAUAGGAAACAAGUUGUCAUAGAUGGUGAAACUUGCCUUUUAGACAUUUUAGAUACCGCAGGUCAAGAGGAGUAUAGUGCUAUGAGAGAUCAAUACAUGCGAACAGGAGAGGGAUUUCUUCUCGUGUUUGCCGUGAAUAAUGCCAAAUCCUUUGAAGAUAUUAGUAUGUAUAGAGAACAGAUCAAAAGAGUAAAAGAUGCCGACGAUGUUCCUAUGGUUUUGGUGGGCAAUAAAUGUGAUCUUCCGAUGAGGUCGGUGGACAUGAUGCAGGCCGCGGAAGUGGGGAAGAACUACGGAAUCCCCUUCAUAGAGACCUCUGCCAAGACAAGGAUGGGGGUGGACGACGCUUUCUACACCCUCGUUCGGGAAAUACGCAAAGACAGGGAACGUAAAGGAAAGGAUAAAAAGAAGCACAAACGCAAGGAUAGAAAGAGGCGAUGUAUUAUAUUGUAA